CACUGCGUUACUGAGCGUCAAGAGGAAGAAAAACAAAGGAAGCGGUUUGUAUAAAUUGUGAAAUGUUCGGAUUCUUCAAGAAAAACAAACCUGUUAAAAUUCGAGGUUAUAGUGGGGACAGAAAAUACGGCAUUGCUUCUAAAGAUGUAAAGGAGCUGAUUAAAAAGGGCUGUAAGCUGUUACAGCUGCCACUUUCUGGUGCUCAUGUGUGUUUAUAUGAAGAUGGAACCAUAGUGACAGAAGAGUUCUUUCCCACCCUGCCUGAUAACUGCGAACUAGUUCUUCUGUCAAGGGGUCAGACAUGGAGUGGAGUUGUUUGUGACAUUGGUCGGUUGCUGAACACCGAUCGCCACGCUGACGGUCUCAUUGAAGCAGCGAAGGGUCUUCUCGCUGACGAGAAAUCUUUCAAGAGGCGUAAAGUCCUUACUGACCUGCUGCAGAACCUGGAGGACAGAUCGGAUCUGGAGAGCAGAGAGGAGGAUGAAGACUGGUUUACUGGUGUCGAUGUGCGAUUCAAAACAAAGUCUGCCUACAUGAAGUACAACUGUGAAAGCAGAAUACGAGGCUACAUGAAGGAGGUGGACAAUGCAACCAACAGCAUACAGAAAGCUAAAGUGAAGGAGGAGUUUUUAAAAGCAUCAAAGUGCCUGGUUGAGAUGCUGAAAAAUGACAAGUACAACGGUAAAUACUUCGAUAGGACUGAAAAGGAGUCUGGGCGCCUCUGCACUAAGGAAGGAUGGUUUACCUGUCAGGGAUCGUUUGAGCAGAAAUUGUGCCAGUUGCUCCAUUCAAUCAACCCGUAUGGCAGCAGAGAGAGCAGGAUCGUCUUCAGCACUUGGAACCUUGAUCACAGGAUUGAAAAGAAGAGGACUAUCAUACCCGCUCUGCUGGAGGCUCUGCAGACUCAUAAGACCGCAGACAUAAACUUGAACUACUUCUACCAAAUGCUGUUCACCAGGGAAAACCUGAAGCUAGUGCACAUCGUCUGCCACAAAAAGGGAGCGCACGACCUGACGUGUGACACCAAUAAGAUGUUCAGGACUAGUAAAAAUGCAAGGAAAGCAAAAGAAGAUACCAAAGGGAAGAAAAAGCAUUGUACCUAAAAAUGUUUUUACGCUAAUGUUUUUUUUUUAAAUUAGUUUUUAUUUGCUGUAAAAUUGAUAACUUGUCAUUCAUUGAACAAAAUGAAACAAAACAGUUUUGUAAAUCAUGAAAAGCUUUUUAUUGUAUUAUGUAGCACAAUAAUGUAAAAUAAAUGGAUGGAUUAAGAAUGUUGCCCAAAUAAUGAGACAUUCAAUCAGUCUUGAGUUGCACACACUGAGGACAAAUGUUAUUUAUUUUUACAUAAAUAAGGCAGUAAUAAUAUAUAAUAUUUCUGUUAAGUGGUCAGAUCAAUCAGCUAUAUACAAAACCUGUGGAUAUAGUUCUAGUGCAAUUGCAGAUAACCUGUUAAGGUUAUAUUUCUCAAUCAAGUUUGUUCAAAUAUAGUUAAAAUGCAGAUUCUUAGGCAGAAAAAUCAACUUUGUCAUUAAUAACUUUAGCAUCUAUAAACGGUAGGAAUACAAAGAAUAAUUAGCUGCAUGUGUGUGUGUGUGUGUAUAUAUAUAUAUAUACGUUUAUCUACAUACAGACAUUAUGUUACAAAGCUGCCAAAAACCUUUAAGGAUGGAUUUUAGACACUUGGUGAAAAAUGGCUGGAACAUGACAUUCAUCUCUGACCUUGUAAUGAACAGAUCUGCUCUUUGGGCGUUCUCCAGCUUUCUUUCCUCGUAACAUUUAGGUAGCCUGACAUAGGCUUGCAUAUUUGUCAAUCUGCUGUAAUUUGUAUGAAAUUUUCAUCAGUGUAUAAACUUAAUUAGUUAUACAAGCACCAUUAAAAUGUUACGUUUAAUUCAGCAAUGUUUGACAUCUCAGAGUGAAUGUUAAAGUGGUUGGAUCCUGAUAAGAUACAGCUGGAUAAUGCAACAUUACAGCAACCCUGAAAUGACAGUACAGUAUACGGCAUGUAUACAAACUGCCUGCAGAAAGUUAAAAGGAUUGCGUUGAAACUAUUCAACUUUUAAGUGAAUAGUUUGUUGUAGUUAUUCAAAUGAUAGGAAACCAAUAUCAGAUUUGUGUUCAGCACUUCCACAAUCCAGACAUUAAAGUACACUGCCUGGAGCAGAGAUAUUGUCAUUUAGAGCACCUGGACGUUGAUAUUUUUGCAUCAGCUAAUCAAUACUCAAAAAGAGCAGUAAGAGACGGAGCAGAUUUUCAACUUGACUGGCUCUGGCCAGUCAAAUUGAAUCUUUUUUUUGUUUUGUUUUGUUUUACCUCAUCAAUAAGUGCAACAAAAAACCAGGCUGUGUGUUGCAAUAACACUGUUCAGCAUGGAAGUUGUUAAGAAAGAAGACUCAACACUUUCAAUUUUAAGAUGCUUAUGGAAGGACAAAAAAAUGGAUCUCUCUUGGAG